GGUGGGGGCGACGGGAAAAAGAGAGAGGAGAAGCUCGAGUGGACGCGGCGGGGCGCCGCCCCCGCACGAAUCCCAUGAUCUCAUCAAUGCCCUCGUUGAACUCCACCUCCAACCCCAAUAGAAUAAUCCUCCGACCCAAUCUCCUCCCCCUCGCCUCGGCUCGCGGGAUCCCUUCCUCCCCCUCCCGCCGCCGCGAGUCCAGGAUCGUGACGCGCGCGCCGGGGCACAUGGUGGCGGCAGCGGCGGUGUUGCCAUGGGGUGGCGGCUCGCCGGCGUGGGUCGAGGUGCCGGAGAAGAGCAAGAGCGCCUUCUUGGAGCUGAAGAGGAGGAAGGUGCACCGGUACGUGAUAUUCAAGAUCGAUGACAGGAGGGAGGAGAUCGUCGUGGAGAAGACCGGCGCGCCGGGGGAGAGCUACGCCGACUUCACCGCCUCGCUGCCGGCCGACGACUGCCGGUACGCCGUCUACGACCUGGAUUUCGUCAGCGACGACAACUGCAGGAAGAGCAAGAUAUUCUUCAUCUCGUGGUCCCCUUCUGUUUCCGGCAUCCGCGCCAAGACCAUAUACGCUGUGUCGAGGAACCAAUUUCGGCACGAGCUUGACGGCGUGCACUUUGAGAUUCAGGCCACAGACCCUGACGACAUGGAUUUGGAUGUUCUCAGGGGCCGUGCUAAUAGAACCUGACAGGUUGACUCCACUAGUUUUUUGUUAGCCUUCUUAUGCAUAACCUAAAUGUAGUUCGCUACCGAAAACGCAGCUCGGGAGUACUGAUGUGAGGCAUGAAUGCAUGAUGUAUAAGCAGGCUGCUGAUCACACACCCAGCAUUGCGGUUUUACUCUUUACUGAGAUAGCAUCUUUCUGAUACCUGUCCAAUUAUAUAUGUUCCCUCCCCGCUAAUAUAAUGUAUAAACCGCGCUUUACUAUAUCUAAAAUUUGUCAUACACUAUCUUUUUGCUGUUUGAUCUUGAUCG